UAGGGCUCGGUGGGUUGGGGUCCGUGUAAUUGAAGAGCUGACGAGAGCUCUACGGAUCCUCCUUUUCGCGCCUGCGUUUCCUGCGAGGUGGAAGCUCCGUUAGUUUCAACACCAAAAUGGUGCACGUCGCUUCCUUCCGCAAUUAUGGAAAAACUUUUAAGAAGCCCCGUAGGCCCUUCGAGAAAGAGCGUCUUGAUGCGGAGCUGAAGUUGGUCGGAGAGUACGGUCUCCGCAACAAGCGUGAGCUGUGGAGGGUUCAGUAUGCCCUAAGCCGUAUUCGUAACAAUGCCCGUAUGUUGCUUACUUUGGAUGAGAAAAACACCCGUCGUAUCUUCGAGGGAGAGGCCCUGCUACGACGCAUGAACAGGUAUGGACUUCUCGAUGAGAACCAGAGCAAGCUCGAUUAUGUACUCGCGCUCACCGUGGAGAACUUCUUGGAGCGACGGCUGCAGACCAUCGUUUUCAAGUCUGGCAUGGCGAAGUCUAUUCAUCAUGCUCGAGUUUUGAUCAAGCAGCGUCACAUCAGGGUUGGGAAGCAGAUCGUCGAUGUGCCAUCAUUUAUGGUUCGUGUUGACAGCCAAAAGCACGUUGAUUUCGCCCUAUCGAGUCCACUUGGUGGAGGUAGGCCGGGAAGGGUGAAGCGUAAGAACAUGAAGGCUGCAUCUAAGAAGGCGUCCGGGGGAGAUGACGAGGAGGAGGAUGAUGAGUAGAUGAUGAUUUCGAUAAUCUCGCAUGGAGGAUUUAAUUAGAUGUUUUUUUUUAUGGACAUAUUAAACGAAAUUCAUGUGGAUAUCCUUAUGAGUCUAUUAUUCAUGUCUUCUUGCUCCUUA